GGGGCGGGGACAGAAGGUAGCCCGGCUGAGGCUGUUGCCCGGCAACGCCGGGCGCGGAGAUUCCAAAAGUCUAGCCCCUCCCCCUGAGUAGGUGGGCUCUUGGUCACGUGACUCAGACCCUACUGGAGGGGGCGCGGUCGGCGGCCAUCCCGACACCGCGGUAAAGAGAGGGCGGGGAGGUACGCGCGUGGCUCCCAAGCCCGGACCCCAGCCCCACUGGACGGCGGGAGAAACUGAGUGGACCCAGUGAAGGCCAUGAAGGUGCUGCUCCUCACGGGGCUGGGAGCCCUGUUCUUCGCCUAUUAUUGGGGUGACAAUUUUGACCCAGCCAGCCUCCGUGGAGCCCGUGUGCUGUUAACAGGAGCCAGCGCAGGCGUUGGGGAGGAACUGGCAUAUCAUUAUGCGCGCCUGGGCUCACACCUGGUGCUCACUGCCCACACCGAGGCUCUCCUGCAGAAACUCUGCCCCGCUCCCCAGGUGGUAGGGAACUGCCGGAAGCUGGGCGCUCCCAAGGUCUUCUACAUCGCUGCGGACAUGGCCUCCCCCGACGUGCCCGAGCGCGUGGUGCAGUUCGCUCUGGACAAGCUGGGAGGGCUGGACUACCUGGUGCUGAACCAUCUCGGCGCCGCCCCGGCAGGCACGCGGGCCCGCAGCGCCCAGGCGAUACGCUGGCUGUUGCAGGUGAACUUUAUAAGUUACGUGCAACUGACUUCGUUGGCGCUGCCCAGUCUGACUGACAGUAAGGGCUCCCUGGUGGUGGUGUCUUCUUUGCUAGGCCGCGUGCCCACAUCCUUCUCUAGCCCCUACUCGGCGGCCAAGUUCGCGCUGGACAGCUUCUUCGACUCUCUUCGGCGAGAGCUGGACAUGCAAGAUGUGAACGUGGCCAUCACCAUGUGUGUCCUGGGCCUCCGAGAUCAUGCUUCAGCCGCUGAAGGAGUCAGGGGUGUCACGAGGGCCAAGGCGGCCCCAGGGCCCAAGGCAGCCCUGGCUGUGAUCCGUGGCGGUGCUACACGGGCCUCCGGUGUCUUCUACCCAUGGCGCUUCCACCUGCUCUGCCUGCUUCGGGGCUGGCUGCCACACCCGAGGGCCUGGUUCAUCCGCCAGGAGCUCAACAUCACCGCCUCUGCUGCUGCCUGAGCUCCUGGCCAGGUGCCCCUUCAUCUCCCCGGAAGACUUUCCAAGAAGGCAUCCUAGAGCUGGGACACCUCCGAGAUAGUGGCCCAGGCUCAAGAGAAAGUCAUCAAGACAGCAAAGUAAAACGGAGAAAAACCAUCAGCACCUAAAAACAAUCAAAACUUAAGGUGUGUCGGGCAUCUUGUCAGGGAUUUGGAAGGCAAGUACCUCAACCUUCCCAGCUGCAUCGAUGAUAUGAUUGCUGCUUCCAUUUUGCAGAUGAAUGAACUAAAGCUCAGAGAAACCAUGUGACUUGCCCCAGGGCCCUGGCCACAUCAAACAGGUCACAACACCGAGCCAACCAAGGAACCCUAUCUCCGACCUGAAGCCACCUCAUCCCGGCUUAGUCCCUUCAGUUCACUCAGCCUGGAAGCCUCCCCCAACCCUUGCCCCAAGCAAGGGGGCAAGAGAAGCGGUCUACUUGAGGAUGGGGUCUGAGGAGGGGGAGAAGGAAAAGAACGGGUUCUGCACUGGAUCCUGUCUCCUGUUUGAUAAUAAAAAUCCCUCUUCCCUUGCAA